GAGUGUGUGUCAGUUGUGAUUCUCAUGCCCUGGGUGUGAGUGUAGAGGGGGAGGCCACAGCACCUGAAGGCUGAGUGACUGGCCUCAUUCUGAUAUCCUUCCAGAAAGAUGAAGCAUCUGUUGGUCUGGCUGCUCCUCUCCUCCCUCUGUUCCCUCUCUUCUUGGGAGAUAAGAGGCACGUUGGUGGUGAUCCAGUCUCCUCAUAAUGUAACAGUAACAGAGGGGGACACUGUUCAGAUCCAGUGCUGCUGGAAUCAAAAUGUGUCAAGAGGGACAGUUAAUUGGCAUAAAAAAGGACACCCCGAUAUAAAAUAUAAGAGUGUCCUGGUCACCUACAGUCAGUGUCAUGACAGGGCAUCUCAGCACACUGUAGCCUGUAACUGCUCAAAUUGGACCAUCUCAAACCUCACUAGAAAUGACUCGGGUACCUACAUCUGUAAGGUUUCUUUAGAGAUCCCAUCUCUGAUUGAAUCCGUGGGGAACGGGACACGGAUAACAGUUACGUCCCAAAACACAACAAACAAUGAUUCCUCAGAAGAAAAACUGCUCCAGCAGCUGCUUGUCAUGAUUCCACUUGCUGUCCUGCCACUGUUCCUCCUGCCUCUCAUCUGCCUGUACAGGGCAUGGAAAAGACACCAAGGUGGUGCCCCAGACAGAACAGUCAGGGUGAUCCACGAGGCUCCCAACCAUGAGGACGAGGAGUUGAAGAUGGAGGAGCUGGAAGAGGCGGCCAACCAGAGCUCUUCCUCCUCCUCCAGAGGAUCCACCCAAUGGUGUCAAGUCCAGGUGUAUGAAUCACUUGAUUACUUGGCUUUACCAACCCAAGACAAAGGUUAAGGACCGGCUGUGAAUGUAUGUUUCUAUUGCGUUUCAUGUGUCAGUCAUUUCUGUAGGUAUUUUACAGUAUGUAUGUACAGUGUAUUUUUUAUGUGUGUGGUUUUUUUUUUUUAAAUUUGAUUGCAGUAGGUAAUUACUGCUAUUGUUUCUUCUUUAAACCAUUUUUACUGUGUGGAAUGUACUUUAUUCUCCAGUGAGGAAGUGAAAGGGAAACUCAUGUAAAUUUAGGUUGUGCAAUGAGGUACUUUUACAAAGAUCUGUGAAUAGUUACUCUUUAUUUGACUCUGGUUUGUAUCUUAGACCUAUGCAAAAGCCAGUGUUCACAUGAAAAGUGUGCAUGUGAAUGUGUCCAUGUGCCUGACAAGAGACAAUAAUAAUGACUGCAAAUGGAAAAUACAGUAGAAUUGAAAAAUGCCCAACGAUUGAGCAUCAGACAAAAAUCAUCCAGUCCAGGGAUGCAGCCUUAAGAUUCUCAGUUUAACUGGUGUUAUAUUACCAGUGGAAAUGAUGGUAUCUGGGGGCUUUCUCAUAGGCUCUCUCUCGUAUGCUCUCUCAUAGGUCAGUGACAGGAAAUGGAAACAGAGCAGACGGUGACAGUAUAUGCUUAUAUCUCAGGUAGUAACCAUGGCCCCUCGUCUGCUGUCGACUACAGGAUGAACAGAAAUGAGAAACAGAACAGUUUUACAAUAGAUGUGAUUGCAUUACAAAUUGACACACACUCAUACACAUUGUGAAAUUGUUUGAGUAACAGGUCAUGUACAUUUCAGCUAUUUAGAGCUGUUUAGCUGACACUCUUAUCAGUUGCUCACAGCUAACAAAUGAUACGCUCACAAUAGUUGUCAACGCUUAACACAUUAUAUAUAUUCAUGUAUUAUCCUACAACUUGCCCCAAUGAGUCACUAGGUCCUGCAGUUACAAAGUAAGCAGACACACACCUACUCACAUCUUAUAAAAACAAACAACCGUUUGUAACCAUGGCUGCACACCUACCAAGACAGAAUUGUUAGGCACAGUAACACAUUCUCACUGCUUAUGCCGUAUGGCAAGAUCCUUGUUUUCCUAUUUACACGUUUACUUGUAAUCAUCAGAGAUUCAUCUGAUAUAUGAAGUUGUGUUUUGAUAUUGAACAAACGUGUUUAAUUCAGUGGAUUGAUUACUGUAAAAGAUGUAGAAGACUGGAAAUGUUUGGAUUUUGCGAUGCACGCAGACACACAGGUUGUCUUUUGAAGAAAGCGUCACUAUAUAGGGAUCAUAAAUGUUUACUAGAAAAGAGAGCAGCAUUUCCAGGAAACAGUGCUGCAGAUGUGACCAGAUUCACACACAGAACAGAGAUACACAAAGAUUUUCAGAACUUAACCAAGAUAGACCACAGCUUGUCGUUUCAAAUGGGAACAAAUGAGUCAGAGUGUGCAGAACAAAGAAGGAGGUGGGCAGAGCCAAGCACAUAUCCUAUUGGCGCGUUCUAGUAUUAUCUGCAUAUUUCCGUUACGGAACGCCUACUCUGUGAAGUGUGCAAUAACUCAAUUCGCCUUUGCAUUUUUCUUUUACUUUGAAAAGAGUAAAGUCUAUAAAACGUU